GCAACCUUAUUUUCUUCCCUACUACCCAGGAAAGGGGCUGAUGUGGGCUAGGCUCCGAGGCAAUAUCGGCGGGGUUAAGACUUGGAGAUCUCCCUAUAAUUAUUUCUUGUCGUCCUAGAUGUUCUAGGAUACAACAGAUAUUCGGACGUCUCACACAGUCACGCCGGACGACAACUCAACCACCACCAUGAUGACCCAAAGCCUGCUCCCAGCAGUCCUAUCUGCCCUCUUGUGGGCACACGGAUCGCAUGCCGAUGGCGCCUCCGAGUUCGUUGGCCGUGGCCAGAUCCAGGUCCUGAACAACACCGACGUUGCAACAGCGUCCAUCGCCGACAGGAUCGGCUGCAUGAACGCGCGCGGCGAGUUUGUGCUCGACGACUGCGCUGUCUUCACCCGCCUCGACGCCUCCCCCAACACGCUGUCCACGUCCGCCGGCAACUGCACUUUCCAGAACCCGAACAUGCCGCUCAACACGGACAGCAUCUACGGCCAAGACUCACACUCCUGGUUCUGCGGAGAGGGGAAGUGGACUCAAUACGACGAGUAUUAUUAUACUAUUGAGGGUUUCCUCAGACCAUUCGUUUGCAACGGCAAUAUCAACUGCAACUACGAUAUUAAAGCGAUUGUGCCUACAGAGGGAGACGCCCUACCUGCGUGGCAAUACUAUUGGGGGAGCCAGCAGAUGGAUAUCGAGGCGGGUCAUUGGCGGGUGUUGUGGCUGUGGGUGCCUGUGGAUAAGGAGUAGGAGUGUAUGUUUGGGAAGAGUUGUGAGCAUCAAGGGAGCUUGUGGCAGAGGAAUGGUUUGUUACGGAGUCAAUCCAUCACACGCCGCGGGC